AUGGCAGAUGAAGCAGCAGAAGCUGUUGUAAAAUUCAGGAGAACGUGUGUGGUUACAACUUUUGAGGGAGGCGGCAUGUGUAUUGGAACGACCCUUCACCACGCUAUGGCAGAUGGAAAUUCGUUUUGGCAUUUCAUGACAUCGUGGGCAGAGUGCAGCAGAGGAAUCACCAUUGCCAAACCACCACAGCUCGAUAGAACAGUUGUGAGACGAGGAAAGAAGAACCCCUUGUCCAUUUCUUACAAAGCCUAUGAAAUAGUAAGCAAUGAGAUGACAGGGGCCAAGGUUUUCAAGCUUGUAGCAGAGGUUCCAGAGCAUUUAAAACAAUCGGGUAGUGGGUAUAUGGAAAAGCCCAAGGAGACUCUUGAGAAAUGGGUAGAUCCCAGUAUGAAAACAGAAGUUAUAUACUCAGCGUUUUGCUUUACAGAAGAGAUAAUACAAGAUCUGAAACAACGAAGCGGGGCUUCGAGUUCUUUUGUUGCAGUGGCCGCACAGUUUUGGAGAUGUGUAAUGAGAGCUCGUGAGGUGCCGCAGGAAGAAACCGUUUACUGGGAAUACGGAACUAAUGUGAUAAGUUCUCCCAGAUUUCGGGUGUAUGAUAUAGAUUAUGGAUGGGGGAAGCCUUUAGAAAUGCAGACCGCAACUAUGAACGAAAUUGGAGCCAUGUUUUUGUCAUGUGCAAAGGAUGGAGGUAAGAGCAUUUUGGUCUCCACCUGCCUUCCUCAACACCAGAUGGACCUCUUACAUCGCCUCAUGUUUCUCGUAGGAGAGUAA